UUGGACGAUCAGUUGGUCGACCAGUUGAUCGAUCAGUUGGACGAUCAGUUGGUCGAUCAGUUGGUCGAUCAGUUGGUCGACCGGUUGGACGAUCAGUUGGUCGAUCAGUUGGUAGAUCAGUUGGUCUAUCAGUUGGUCGACCAGUUGGACGAUCAGUUGGUCGAUCAGUUGGUCGACCAGUUGGACGAUCAGUUGGUCGAUCAGUUGGUCGACCAGUUGGACGAUCAGUUGGUCGAUCAGUUGGUCGAUCAGUUGGUCGAUCAGUUGGUCGAUCAGUUGGUCGAUCAGUUGGUCGAUCAGUUGGUCGAUCAGUUGGACGAUCAGUAG